GUCACGGCCAGUGGAUUCGAUUGCAUCUUGCACUCCGGCGUGGUGGGCGAAGCCUACAAUAUCGGUGGCAAGAACGAGAAGACCGUCGUAGAGGUUGCGGCCGACGUUCUUUUGACCCUCAGACUGGAGAAGAAGCGGAGCGAGCUGGUAAAGUACAUUGCGGACCGCGCCCGCAACGACGCUUGCUACCCGAUCACCAUCGGAAAGCUGUGCUCGCUGGGCUGGCACGAGGAGCACAGCUGGAGGUUUGGACUGGCAAACACUGUCGCCUGGUUCCUGCAGAAGCUGCAGUCUGAGACGCGUGACAUCACCAAGGUCAUCAGCGCGCACCCGAACCACAUCGCCACCGACGCCUCACAGCCG